AUGCCACCAAACUCUUCCCUCCCAGAAUCAAACACAUCCCUAACAUACACUACUCCUUGCUCUUCUCCCCACCUAACCCACACACCCGUCCCCAUCCCGUCUCCCAACGAAGUCUUGAUAAAAGUCCAUGCCGCAGCUAUAAAUCCCGUCGACAUACAAGUUUGGAGUAGCCCCCUUGUAGGCUGGCUGACUGGAAAAAAAGAGAAAGGAAUAGGGAGGGACUAUUCGGGUGUGAUUGUUGCGGUGGGUGAAGAGGUGAAGAAGCAAGGGAAGUGGGAGGCUGGGGAUGAGGUGUUUGGAUUGUAUAAUAACCUUACUGCAGAAGGAACAUUCACCCACUACCUCCUCCUCUCCCCCUCCACCUCCCCUCUCGCCAAAAAACCACCAUCCCUCCCCCACUCCUCCGCAUCCGCCAUCCCCCUCGUCGCCCUAACCGCCUACGCCUGCCUCUCCUGGCUCCCCUCCACCCCCCGCACACCCACCCACCCCUACCGCAUCAUCAUCUCGGGCGCAAGCGGUGGCGUCGGCACCCUCUGCGUGCAACUCGCCAAGCGGCUGCACGCCAGCCACAUCACGGCCAUCUGCUCCUCACGCAACGCCUCUUUCGUACGCUCCCUCGGCGCCGACACCGUGCUCGACUACACAUCCCAAAACAUUCGCGAGGCGCUCCUUGAAAGCGUAGAAAAAGAAGGUGCAGGCUACGACUUGUACGUCGAUUGCGUGGGUGGCACGGAUGUGUUUGCGUAUUGGACGGGCUUGCUGAGGAGAGAAGGGGCGUAUGUUACGAUUGUGGGGGAUAAGACGGAGAGGACCGUUGUGGGGGGGCCGUUGACGUAUUUUACGCAUCCGAGGCAGGUGCUGAGGUUUCUCAGGGGGUGGUUGGUGGGGCCGCGGUAUGCGAGUGUCAUGUUGUGGGAUAAGAGUGAGUGUUUGGAGCAGGUGGCUGGGUUGGUGGAGAGGGGGGACGUGAGGGUUGUGGUGCAGGAUGUUGUCAAGGGGAUUUUGGAUGAGGGGACAUAUGAGGAGGCGUGGGAGAGGGUUAAGGGGGAAAUGGUGGGGGGAAGGGUUCGGGGGAAGAUUGUUGUUGAUGUUUCUAGUUAG